CGACCACUUCCUGGCGCGCUCCACCUGCCUCCACUGCUGCGCUGCAGUCGCGGUUGGCUGCGCUGUCGGGCCCCGAGGAGGGCCUUUUUUUUUUCCCGUUUUUUUUUUCGUUUUUCUUUCCGCGUGCUGGUUAACAGCUCGGCGCUCGGCGACCGUACGUGCCCAGAGUGUCAAGUGGCUCGACGAUGUUGCUGCUCCUGGGCUGCGUGGCUCUCGCGGGUGUCGUGGCAGAGGACGCAGUCGUGACACAUUACCGCGUGAAGAACAGCUCGCUGUGCCUCCAUGUCACAAAGCCACCGCCCAAUAUAAGUGGCUCGUGGACCUUUGUCAAAACAAGUAUCGUCUCUCACCAAAACAUCAACCCCAACUACAAAGGGAAAGUGGAUUUCUACCCUUUGAAUCUCACCUUGUGCAUCCGAGGGCUGACUGACAAGGACACUGGCGUCUAUAAAGUCACAUUUCCAGACUCCAAGUUCGAGGAAGUUACCGAGACGCACAACGUCAUCGUCCAAGACCCCGUUCCCAGGCCUGUCGUCGUGACGUCGGUGCUGAGCAACAACCGGUCGGCCGGACUCUGCAGCAUCACGGUCAACUGCUCCGUCCGGGCCGACUGGGCGUGGUCGGUCUGCGACGGGGACGGCUGCGCACCGUCCCGCAGGUCCUUCGGCGAGGUCAACAUCACCAUCUCCGGCGACAACGGGACCGUCGUCUGCAGCGGCAGCAACCAUGUCAGCGCAAAUAAUGUCUCUGAAAGCACGGCGACAAUGUGCUUCAAUGAAUCUGACCCUGAACACAGAGAGGCAUCACAAACAAUAUUUGCAAUCGCACUACUUUUUGCAGUGUGCUUAUGUCUCUGUGCAUUUAUUGCUUUUUUGGCCAAGAGGCUUUUUUCAGAAUGUAAUCAUCAUCAGGGUCAGACGCCCACCGCUCGGUUGAUUCAAAGCCAGCCAAUCGAGGAACCGCCACGACCUGAGCGCAGGGUCUCCACCUCGUCCUCCUCCCCAACGGAGGCGGCUUAUGAAAAUGUGGACGCCGCGCGGCAGGAAGUAGACACUGUCUACAGCGUUUUGCAGGCAGUCGCGAGUGUGACCCCUUCUCCGGGCAACAGCGAGGGGGACGUGAAAGGACACGAGGCGCUCGGAGAGGCGGCGAGCUCACAGUGCGCCGCCGUGGACGAGGCCUCGCAGGUCUGCACGGUGUACAGCGUCUUGCGAAAGCCCAAGAGGCCAGAGGCCACGGUGCCACCAACGGGUCAGAGGAGGUGAGAGGUGAACGUGGCAGGUGGAAGAAGAAGCAGACUUUGGACGCUGUGCACUCCAUGCGCUGCGUUCGGAGGAGGAUUAAUCCAGCGAAGUCCAAAAAUGCUGGAAUUUCUGACCGCAGUGAACUCUGCCCAUUUGGAGUGACCCCAGGCCCCUCGCGACAUCCAGCGUUGUCACCGGCAACGCCGCGUCGCCAGCGGCGCUCCCCGGUCGCUUCGCUCUUGUUCCGGCGCUCGCCCCAGGGUGGCGCUGUCCUGCAGCCGGCGAUGGCGCGCGGCCCAUGUCGCUCCCCUCCGCAGAGCAGAGGCGGCCGGUGCCCGUGUGCUCGUCGGCGGCCUCCAGGCCCAGUGUGUUGGCGCCAGCUUGAGAUGAAAAAGGCGUCCGGAGAUCGGUAGUUUCCGCUGCCGAUCGGGGGAAAAGGGAGGGCGGGUGCUCGUUGUUUCCUUCGUUCGUACAAGUUGUUUGAAAUUGUGAAUAAAGAUCAGCUUCCGUUUGUUUGAUAGGAACUUGUUAUUCUGUUGUCGGCACUAGGCCCGUCACGAUACGUUGUCCGCCAUGAACAAGAUUAUCGUCCUCUGAAGACCUUUUUCUUUUGAGACUGAAUCACGUGAGCUCACAAGUCCUACAUGAGAGAACUGCUGUCCAACAUGGUCGAAAAAAUACAAAGAAAUCCAUACUUGCGGACAUUUUAUAGACCGAACCAGUGAUUUAUUAAUCACACGACUUUGCUGGGCUGUUGUUGGCGUUCAUUCACAAACACGCAUGUAGACACAACGGCUGUUAUUGAGGUCAAUGAAAAAAUGAUUGAUUUCAUUUUCAUGUAUCAUACGACAAGUCGAUUACGUGAUUAUCGGGACAGGCCUUGUUGGUACUUUACUUUUCACACCAAAACAUCCUUAUUUGUGCUAAAACUUCAUUUACAUUGACACGUAAUUUCCUUUUUCCGUUACUUCUGUCAUCCCCUGGACGUCUCAGAGUCAACGACACCACAAGUAUUUGUGGGCCGGGGGGUUUAAAAAAACAGGAAGUGGGAAAGUUUGUGUUUCUUUUUUCAUAAAACUCUGUUAGGACUUUUUCUUUAAAUGCGGAACUGUUAUUUUUUUUUCUGCAAAAUGUCUUUCUGUCCUUGCUGAUUCAAAUUAAAGGCCUAUGACACUGAU